CCCAGGCAGCCCCGCAGCCUCCCGCCGCCGCCGCCGCCGCCGCCGCCGCCGCCGCCUCCGCCGCCGCCCCGGGCGUUCUGGGCGCCGCCACUGCGCUGCUUCGCGGGCGGAGGCCCGGCGUCCCCGGCGGGCGAGGCUGCGGCGGACUGACGCCGGCUCCGGAGUCUGCAGGCCGGACCGCGGCCCAGGGCGCCGCCAUGGCCCACCUGCGGGGCUUCGCCAGCCAGCACCCACGGGUGGACCCCGAAGAGCUCUUCACCAAGCUGGACCGCAUCGGCAAGGGCUCUUUCGGGGAGGUGUACAAAGGCAUCGACAACCGCAGCAAGGAGGUGGUGGCCAUCAAGAUCAUCGACCUGGAGGAGGCGGAGGACGAGAUCGAGGACAUCCAGCAGGAGAUCACCGUGCUCAGCCAGUGCGACAGCCCCUACAUCACCCGCUACUUCGGCUCCUACCUGAAGAGCACCAAGCUGUGGAUCAUCAUGGAGUACCUGGGUGGCGGCUCGGCGCUGGACCUGCUGAAGCCAGGCCCGCUGGAGGAGACGUACAUCGCCACCAUCCUGCGAGAGAUCCUCAAGGGUUUGGACUACCUGCACUCGGAGCGCAAGAUCCACCGCGACAUCAAGGCGGCCAAUGUCCUGCUGUCGGAGCAGGGUGACGUGAAGCUGGCGGAUUUCGGAGUAGCGGGCCAGCUGACCGACACGCAGAUCAAGCGGAACACGUUCGUGGGCACCCCCUUCUGGAUGGCGCCCGAGGUCAUCAAGCAGUCGGCUUACGACUUCAAGGCCGACAUCUGGUCCCUGGGCAUCACCGCCAUCGAGCUGGCCAAGGGCGAGCCCCCCAACUCAGACCUACACCCCAUGCGUGUGCUGUUCCUGAUCCCCAAGAACAGCCCGCCCACGCUGGAGGGCCCCCACAGCAAGCCCUUCAAGGAGUUUGUGGAGGCCUGCCUCAACAAGGACCCCCGCUUCCGGCCCACAGCCAAGGAGCUUCUGAAGCACAAGUUCAUCACACGCUACACCAAGAAGACGUCCUUCCUCACUGAGCUCAUCGACCGCUACAAGCGCUGGAAGGCCGAGGGCCAUGGCGAGGAGUCCAGCUCCGAGGACUCCGACAUUGACGGGGACGCUGAGGACGGGGAGCAGGGCCCCAUCUGGACCUUCCCUCCCACCAUCCGGCCCAGCCCCCACAAGCUGCACAAAGGCUCAGCUUUGCACGGCCCCCAGAAGUCGACAGAGCCUGUCAAGCGGCAGCCUCGAUCACAGUGCUUGUCCACACUGGUGCGGCCUGUCUUUGGAGAGCUCAAGGAGAAGCACCGGCAGAGUGGCGGGGGCGUGGGGGCUCUGGAGGAGCUGGAGAACGCCUUCAGCCUGGCCGAGGAGUCCUGUCCCGGCAUCUCAGAUAAGCUGAUGGUGCACCUCGUUGAGCGUGUGCAGAGGUUCUCCCACAACAGAAACCACCUGACGUCCACCCGCUGAGCCUCUGCCUGCACCCCUGUCCCCCCAAAGCCCUGCCAAGUCUCAUGGCCGUCCAGCCCCAUGUGUGUGUCCGUGUGUGUGUGUCUGUGUGUCUCUGUGUCCCUGCGCUCUCCGCCCUGCCCCUAGCCGUCCCCCUGGGCCCCUUGUCCACCAUCAUGUCUGCAAAUUGUUUUUAAGCCCCUCCCCCACCCCCACAGCCCAGGAUACAGCCUGUCAGAGAACUGGGGCUCGGCCCCACCCAAUAAAGACCCGAGCGGCCA